AUGUUAAAGGAAGAGAAAUCGGAGCUGGAGAAGAGACACGGCGUUUGCAUUUCCGACGCCGCUUUCGAUCUCGCCGAUAAUUCCCAACUUUUUCCGGUGCAUGCAUGCACACGUAAGAUAUUAAUUAUUUGGGCUAAUUCUAAUUGUUCAAUUACGCACACAACCCCAGAAAAAUGUUUGCGGAGAAUCUUGGACGAGGCAUGCAAACUAGUGCAAGAAAAUUUCACAAGUUGCGGCAACGAAAUCGAUCAAUUCAACGACGAUGCACGUGAGCUGGGCCGAACCCUAGUCGAACUAACCGAAUUACACAGGGAUGAUAACAGCUCCGAAACCCAAUUUUGGGUCGAUAGAUUGAAAUCGGAACGCGAUUCUGCAUCGUUCCACAUCAACGGCUUCUUCAUGAGAUGGGGCUUCGAAAAAGAUUUUAUUUUCUGUGAAGAUGCCGAAAAGAUCCGAUCUUUGAGGGAUCGCGUUAUUGCAUCUUCUGAUUUUGACACCAACUUUACCCUAAUUAUUGACCAGUUUCUUGUCGAUAUACAACGAAGCAUAUUCAAUCGUUUCCCGAGAAAUUUGACCGUCCGGGCUUGUCAUGUCGCGGAGGUAAUAAGCAGGCUGACCGAUGUCCCGUUUACGCAGAUUAUCCGAUCCAAUAUCAACAGCCACAAGAAAAAAGCCGUUAAAAUGACAAACAAGAGGGUGGUGAAUCAAAAGCACGUGGUUAAAGAGAUUUUCAAAAUUUUAGCCUCGGAGAAGCCGGUAAUUACGAACCGCCCUCGGGGGUCGUUUCUCCUUGUGGGCCCCACUGGAGUUGGUAAAAGGGAGAUUGCAAAGUCCGUUGCGCUUCAUUGGUAUUGCGAUGCAAGCAGGCUCGUGGAGAUAGAUAUGUCGGAGUAUGCGGAUGAUUAUCUCUCGUACUGCUGUAAUAACUUUUGUCUCCCCUUUAUAGGGUCGAAGACAAAGAGUAGUUAUAAACAUCAGCAAAAUCUUUGGAAUCGACUUACCGAAGUAGUGGCGAAACGGCCUUAUUCGGUUAUUCUUCUACACAAUGUAGACAAGGAUUGCUUCAAUACUCUAACGAAGGUUCUCCUUCGUAUUUCGAGUGAUGAAAGUGCUGACUUCUCUAAGUCUAUUAUCUUCAUGACUUCGAGUAGUAAUCCACUAGAACUCGAUAAGACCCGUGAUUGUACUUUAAAGGAUACGAGAGUCGAGGGCACGGAAAUAAACGGUGGUGAUUUGUUGUUCUGUCUCGAUAAAGUUCUUGCGGUGGAGUGUUCGCACGAUCGGAAGGCUGUUGCAAGAUUGUUGCUCAGGGAAAUUGUUAGAGAGGCUUACGGAGAAAGAUCUGUCGUUCAUGCAUCUAAUGCUGCACUCGAUGUGUUAUUUCUCAUGGCACAUAAACAGUGUAUUGGAGAAGAUGGAAAUGCUAUCAAAAAGGCACUAAUUGAGCACAUCAUAUCUCCGUUAUCGUUAAUCGCAAAAGAUCUCGAUAACGCUUUUGUAUGUGUCGACACAUGUGUUGGAUCAUCAAACUUAUCGUUUAGAGUUGAGCCACACGAUCCGAAGAGUGUGGCCUGUCAAUAUUUCAACUUCAAAGACGGAACAUUCGAUGAAUUUAUCACCGAUAUAAAAACAACUAUGGAAGCAUUGGCCAAGGUAUUUCGCUUACGGCGUCAAUUUUCGGACUUGACUGAAUCCGGACAAAAUUUAUCUCCGUUGAAUAACUUGUUGUUAGAAGCAUGCGAUGGGCUACUAGUGCAUGCAAUAUCUCUUCAUGCAUAUAAAGAGGUAAUAUAUUUAUUGAGAAAAUUACAGUUUUCAUCCCUCAACUUUCCACCUAUUUCACAUUUGGUCCCCAUACAUGAUUCAAUAACUUAA